UCAUAGGAUAAUGCAAGCCCGAAAUUCCAAAUCCCGACAGAAGCUCCCUUCUGGCCCGGGACAGAGGGAAGAUUCAGACAAAUUCUUGGAAAAAAGACAAAGACGCUCGUUUACUAGGAUUCCAUAAAUAUUCCGAUUGAAAAAAUGGCAGGAUACUCAAAGCUCAAGCACGAGCCCCAAACUUCUUUCCCACCGAGAAGAUUUUCUUCCUUGUCUGUCGCUUCUUUCUUUCUUCUUCUAAAUUGGGAUUCUAUUCAUGGUGUGCAUCGUCUAUGGGUUCUGAAAGGAAGAAAAAGACUGCCGUGAACCCAGAAAGAGAAUCCCAUUUUGUUGCGCGACGUCAAUCCGGCGGCCGAACUUCCAGCGAAGACAGAGAACUGCUCCUUCCAAGUUUGCCGGUGGGUCAAUUUCACCGGAAAGAUCAGAUUUUUGAGCAGAAUCCAAUGGAAAAGCUAGAAGGAACCUGCUCCGACAAGGAAGGCAGGCAAGAUUAUACACGAGAUGGGACUUUGAGCCUCCGUGGGAAGCCUGUGUUGAGAUCAAGGACCGGGGGGUGGAAAGCUUGUUCCUUUUUUCUUGGGUAUGAAGUAUUUGAGAGGAUGGCGUUUUAUGGGAUAGCAUCAAAUUUGGUGAUCUAUUUAUCAGUGAAGCUUCAUGAAGGCACAGUGAAGUCUUCCAACAAUGUCACCACCUGGACUGGCUCUGUGUGGAUGUUCCCCAUUCUCGGAGGUUACAUCGCGGAUGCUCACUUGGGUCGAUACUGGACCUUUGUCAUUGCAGCAGCCCUCUACCUUCUGGGAAUGUCCCUCUUAACCUUGGUAGUUUCAGUGCCUGGACUCAGACCCCCGUCCUGUGGGAAUGGAAUCAGCGAAACACAAUGUGAACAAAGCGUCUCGAGUUUCCAAAAGGGGAUUUUCUAUUUCGCAUUGUACACGGUUGCACUUGGAGCUGGUGGAACAAAGCCAAAUAUAUCCACAAUGGGUGCAGACCAGUUUGAUGAUUCUGAUCCCAAGGAAAGGCAUUACAAGAUAUCAUUCUUUAACUGGUGGUUUUUCGGCAGCUUCUUUGGCGCCCUCAUUUCCAACAGCCUCUUGAUCUACGUACAAGACAAUGUUGGUUGGACCCUGGGCUACGGUCUGCCAACACUUGGCCUUGCUGUUUCCAUCUCUUUGUUCCUUAUAGGAACACGGUUUUAUAGGCACAAAUCGAUUGCUGGGAGUCCAAUCACUAAAAUGUCGCAGGUUAUUGUUGCUGCUGUAAGGAAAUGGAGAAUACCUGUUCCUGAUGAUCCAAAACAGCUUUAUGAGUUCGCACCCGAAUCUCACUAUUACAGACUUGAUCAUACAGCCACUUCAUUAAGGUCUCUUAGCUGCAAUACUUGCAGAUUCCUUGAUAAAGCUGCUGUUAUGACGGGAUCAAGCUCUCCGUGGAUGCUCUGUCCAGUGACUCAAGUUGAAGAAACGAAGCAAAUGAUCAAGAUGCUCCCGGUUAUGGCAAUCACUAUAAUACCCAAUACCAUAAUAGCCCAAAUGAACACAUUAUUCAUCAAGCAAGGCACCACUCUCAACAGAAGUGUGGGGCCUGAUUUUGAGAUCCCUCCAGCAUGUCUAUCAGCAUUUGUCACCAUUUUCAUGCUGGUAAGCCUCAUCACUUACGAUCGCUGGUUCGUGCCAUGGCUUGAACAGUACACAAAGAACCCCCGGGGGAUCACUUUGCUAAAAAGAAUGGCGAUUGGCUUUGUGUUGCACCUCGUCAUCAUGGUCACAGCCUGUCUGGUUGAACGAAAAAGGCUUAGUGUUGCCAGAGAACACCACAAACUGGGUCAACACGACCAAGUGCCUCUCAGCAUCUUUAUCCUGUUGCCCCAGUUUGCUCUGGUGGGGAUUGCGGAUUGUUUCCUUGAACCUGCAAAGCUCGAGUUCUUCUAUGACCAAGCACCUGAAGGAAUGAAGAGCCUGGGCGCCACUUACUUCUCGACCGGCCUUGGGCUUGGGCAGUUCUUUAGCAGUUUCCUUCUGGCAACAGUUUCUGAUAUCACCAAGAAGGCUGGCCACAGUGGGUGGAUUCUGGAUAACCUGAAUAUCUCUCAUCUCGAUUACUACUACGCAUUCUUGGGUCUUCUGGGGCUCCUCAACUUCCUUGAACCUGUUGGCGCAGUAGUGCUUCUGAAACUGCCUGCUCUUCACUGCAAAAACCAAUUGUUUAACUUUGGCUUUGCUGUUGUAGGCUAUGAAGUGUUUGAAAGAAUGGCAUUUUAUGGGAUUGCAGCAAACCUGGUAAUAUACUUGAGACACAAGUUACAUGAAGGCACAGUAGAAUCUUCAAACCAUGUUACCAACUGGGUUGGCACGGUAUGGAUGUUGCCCAUAUUAGGUGCUUAUGUUGCAGAUGCGCGCCUCGGUAGGUACUGGACUUUUAUCAUUGCUUCAGGAAUCUAUCUCAUGGGAAUGACCCUUUUGACAAUGGCAGUUUCAGUCCCUGGCCUGAAGCCUCCAUCCUGCGGUGGAAAUGUGAAAGAAGAUGAAUGUCCAUUGAGGGCGUCGGCUGUUCAGAAGGGGGUUUAUUACACAGCUCUGUAUAUAAUUGCAGUUGGAACAGGCGGGACCAAGCCCAACAUUUCCACCAUAGGAGCAGACCAGUUUGAUGAAUUCGAACCCAAGGAGAAGAAGAGCAAGCUGUCUUUCUUCAACUGGUGGAUGUUCAGCAUCUUCUUUGGCACCUUGUUCUCAAACACCUUCCUGGUCUACAUCCAAGACAAUGUGAAUUGGAGCAUCGGAUAUGCCAUCCCGACGGUGGGCCUUGCCAUCUCGAUCGCUGUGUUUCUGACCGGGACCCCAUUCUACAGGCACAGGUUGCCUGCAGGCAGCCCUUUCACCAAGAUGGCACAGGUGUUUGUGGCUGCACUCAGGAAGCGGAAUACCACUGUGCCAAAUGACUCAACCGAGUUGCACGAACUCAGGUUGGAUGAGUACUCAAGAGCAGGAAAUUUCCCAGUCCACCAUACCACUCCUCUGAGCUUCCUUGACAAAGCAGCAGUGAAAGACAAGUCAAGUUCACCAUGGAUGGUGUGUCCUGUAACUCAAGUGGAAGAAACCAAGCAGAUGAUCCAGCUGCUCCCAAUCUUCACAGCAACAAUCGUUCCCAGCAUCGUCAUCGCGCAGAUACACACCUUGUUCAUCCAGCAAGGCACCACAUUGGACAGAAAAGUCGGCCCGAAUUUCAGCAUCCCACCAGCCUGCCUCACAGUGUUCGUCACCCUAUCGAUGCUCAUCUCCCUGGCCGCCUACGACCGGAUCCUCGUGCCAGCAGCCAGGCGAUACACCGGGAACCCGAGAGGGAUCAGCAUCCUGCAGAGGAUGGGGAUCGGCCUCUUCCUGCAGACAAUCACCGUGGCAGUGGCUUCCCUGGCAGAGACGAGGAGGCUCAACGUCAUAGCACAACACAACAUCACGGGGAAACAGGACACGGUGCCUCUCACGAUCUUCGUCCUCCUGCCCCAAUUCGUGCUCAUGGGGAUCGCGGAUGCGUUCGUGGAAGUGGCCCGGAUCGAGUUCUUCUACGACCAGGCGCCCCAAGGGAUGAAGAGCCUUGGGACAUCCUACUUCACCACGGGCUUGGGGAUUGGAUACUUCAUGAGCAGCGUUUUCCUGAGAACUGUGGCUGGUGUCUCCAGCAGGCAUGCCAGGAGAGGGUGGAUCCUGGACAAUUUGAACCUCUCCCAUUUGGACUACUACUAUGCACUCUUGGUGAUCUUGAGCGUUGUCAACCUGCUCUACUUUCUUCUUGUUUCCAAGUUGUACGUGUACAACGCGGCCAUAAGAAGCAACAAGAAGGAGGAGGAGGUUGAUGAUGAUGAUGAUGCCAGUGAGGAGGAGUCACUGCAGUGCAAGUGAGGAGGUGUCCUUUCAAUUGUUGUAUCUUUGAAGGAUCAAACACCAACAUCAAACAUGUAUUGUUUUUAUGUAAGCAGGAAUGGAGAAGGAAAUGGAGGGAGAGAAGUUUCCUGUUUUAUUCUUUUGUGUGUGUA